UUUUAAUCCCGAAACCUAACCAUUACUCCGCUCCGCUGCGUCGACGGGAGAAAUCUCCUCGCUCUCUCUCUCUCUCUCUCUCUCUCUCAUGGCGUUUCUCCAGCAAUCCCAGCAAGCCCCCCGGCAGAACCAGGAGCAACCGCCCGACGCGUUCCGAAACCUGUACCCGAUGGACGCUCCGAUCGCGGCGCCCGCCUACUACGUGCCGGACGAUGUGCGGGAUCAGGCUCGGCAUCCUCCGUACGUCCCCGAAGUAAAUGGUCUUGGGUUUGCGCCGAUUCCUAUGUGUGCCACUGCCACAGAUGGAGGCGAUGGAGGAGCUGAUUUGCAGUUCGAGUAUGGGCUGGAACCAAAAAGGAAGAAGCUGAAAGAGCGAGACUUUCUGGAUAACACUUCGCAAGCAUCAUCUCUCGAUUUGCUGCAAGCACGGCCAAUCUCGGUGGGCUUAGGUUUAUCUCUCGAUAACCGCCCGCUGCUGUCCACGGGAGACUCUGCGCUGGUAUCUCUUAUUGGGGACGACAUUGAUCGUGAAUUACACCAGCUUGAUGUGGAGACCAACCGAUUUCUUAAACUUCAGGCUGAUCGAAUGCGGCAAGGUGUCCUUCAGAAGAUCAGAUCUACCCAACUCCAGACUCUCUCUCUUCUGGAAGAUCAAGUAAUUCAGAAACUAGGGGCGAAGGAAGCAGAGGUCGAAAGCAUCAACAAGAAGAAUGAAGAGCUUGAAGAACGCAUAAAGCAGUUAACUUUUGAUGUAGGUGCUUGGCAGCAACGGGCUUUAAACAGUGAGAACAUGAUCGCCGCUAUCAACUAUAACCUGCAUCAGAUUUAUGCUCAAAGUAGAGAUAGUAAAGAAGGAUGUGGUGACAGUGAGGUUGAUGAUUCAGCUUCUUGCUCCAAUGGCCGUACUACAGAUUUCCACAGCCUGCUGGGCAAAGAGAAAAAUGGCUCUCAAGAAUCAAUGACUUGUAAGGUUUGCAGAGUUAACACAGUAAGCAUGUUGUUGUUGCCUUGUCAGCAUCUCUGUGUAUGUAAGGACUGCGAGAGUAAGGUUAGAUUUUGUCCUCUGUGCCAAUCAUAUAAGCUUUUUGGCACGGAGGUCUUUAUGUAACAAGGUACUUAUGAAAGCUCCUGAUGUGAUAUAGUGAAAUUGCUAGUUUUCACUCUGUGCUUGUUUGUUUAUUA